UUUUACUCUGAAACAAGAUGUCCGCAAAAGUCCAAUCUGAGUCGCUGUUGUAUCUAGUGGGCCUGGUGGGCAUGCUAGGGACCUGGGGCCGUUCCGCGCUCGACGGCUCCACUGGGCUUUUAUUACGGACGCUGGAUGGUUCUAAGCCCUACAUUCUUCCCGGAACCGAGGCCACUCUCCGGAGAACCUUCACUGGCAUUCGCUAUCCACUUGAUUGCACUCUUUCGGUGCUGAUUGCUUUCUGGUACGAGGCUAUCGACGGUUCUCACCCAGCUGCCUCAGCAGUUAGUCUAUAUUUUCUCGGACAGCUGUUGCCGUGCAUUGUCAUCGCCUACGUAAAUGGUAUCCGAGGCGAAAGGCCGAGUCUUCUGAAACCAACUCUUUGGCUAUUACUCUUCCAAGGCUGCACCAUAGGCUCGACCGGCUUCCUAUGGGCCUUGAACUACAUCGCCACUUCUCCCACUGUUCGCCUCCCCAAACAGAUCAAUCUCAACACUCUCCAGCACACCUCUAUUAUCUCAUCCUUCGCACCGCUGAUGAAGUGCUUUCUCUUCCCCGCCAUCGUCCUCAGCUAUCUUGUCCCUGCCGCGCUCAUGACCCUUCCCGUGGCCAGGUCAAUCAGCAACAGCAGCGAUUUCCACCAACUCGCCAUCGUCGCCUGGAACCUCUAUCCCCUGCUGACGCUGGCAUUACUCUACACCCUGCGCCCUCUCCUAAAUCUCACCACCCUAGUAAGUACCGCUCCAGCAACCUCCAAAAAGAACGAAGUACACAUCCACGCCAUCCGAGCAGCCACCAUCCCCGCCUUCCUCUUCAGCACACUGAUGCACAUCUCCAUCGUGGCCGUCUCUAUCACCACCGUGCUCUUCCCAACCAUCCUUCAACCAAUCUACCGCAGGGAACUCCACCCGACCGCUAUUUUCAUCCCGCCACUGGCCAUCGGCCUGCAAGCCAAAUCCCCCGGCGACGGUGUGCGUGGGUUCUUACUCUGGGAUCAAGUAGCCGGGUACUUGACGGUAAUGAUUGUGGUAAUCCUGGAACUUCGGAGUGCGUGGGCGGCGAGGGGGUGGGAGUUUCAGUGGAAGAGAAUGGCUCCUGCUGCGCUGGGAGGGUCGUUGUUGCUGGGGCCCGGGAGUGCAUGCUUGCUUGGGAGCUGGGUUCGGGAUGAAGUCUUGUUUGGGGGGUGGGGUCAGUAGGAUAAGCAGGCGAGGAAGGCGAGGUGAGAUAUUGGCGUUUCCGACGGCUGUAUUGUUGAGAUUGUCGAGGAAGUUGAAGAGAGAGUAUCUUAUUACUGGAUGGCUGGAUGGCAUUCUCGGCGAUGAUGCCGAUCAGUCGGACAGCGACCGGCGGGAUCGGGUUGAGUACGUAGGGUAGCCGAACAGACGUUGAGCCACGCAUCUGGCAAAUAUCGACUCGCUGCAUCGAUAAUAUUUUAAAUAAAUAUGGGAGUGAGAUGCUUG